GGUUCACUCGCAUCUACCGCGCCGCGCGGCGCAGCCUAUCCACAGUGUUUCCAACUCGUGGCUCUCAUCUUCGCCAUAUAAAAUGCAUCGUCUCUCCAUUCUCACGAUCUUACUGCUCUGUAUCUAUGCUCUCUGAGAAGACUUGAAGUCACCGGAGGCGAUAAAGAGGCGGUGUUUGUUUCGUCGGAGGGCGACCCGCAGUUGAAGAUUGCGGGAGUGAUGGCGGGUGCGGGGAUCUUCAGUGAGAUUAUUGAGGAGGAGGUGUACAAGUACUAUGCAGAGGGGGAGUGGCGGAAAUCCAGCUCCGGGAAAUCAGUUCCGAUCAUUAAUCCGACUACACGGAAGCCCGAAUACAAGGUCCAAGCAUGCACGCAGGAGGAGGUGAACAAGGUGAUCGAGGGGGCUAAGGCGGCACAGAAGGCUUGGGCGAGGACGCCUCUGUGGAAGAGGGCGGAGCUGUUGCAUCGCGCGGCGGCGAUAUUGAAGGAUAAUAAGGGGCCCAUAGGGGAGUGCCUUGUGAAGGAGAUUGCUAAACCAGCUAAGGACGCUGUCACUGAGGUUGUGCGCUCGGGGGAUCUGAUAUCCUACACCGCAGAGGAGGGAGUAAGGAUUCUGGGUGAGGGCAAGUUUCUGGUAUCGGACAGCUUUCCUGGGAACGAGCGGACCAAAUACUGCCUCACAUCAAAGAUUCCUCUUGGUGUAGUCUUAGCAAUUCCACCUUUCAACUAUCCUGUCAACCUGGCUGUCUCUAAAAUUGCUCCUGCGCUAAUAGCGGGCAAUGCGUUUGUUCUUAAGCCUCCAACACAGGGUGCAGUUGCAGCGCUUCACAUGGUCCACUGUUUUCACCUCACUGGAUUCCCCAAAGGUUUGAUGAGUUGUAUAACAGGAAAGGGAUCAGAGAUAGGUGAUUUCCUGACAAUGCACCCUGGGAUCAAUUGUAUAAGCUUCACUGGUGGUGAUACUGCAAUUGCCAUUUCUAAGAAAGCUGGCAUGAUCCCUCUCCAGAUGGAACUUGGAGGCAAAUAUGCAUGCAUUAUCCUCGAAGAUGCUGAUUUAGAUUUGGCUGCUUCCAAUGUCGUGAAAGGAGGCUUUUCAUACAGUGGCCAGAGAUGCACAGCUGUAAAAGUUGUCCUAGUGAUGGAGACCGUGGCUGAUGCUGUUGUUGAUAAAGUAAAAGCUAAGGUGGAAAAACUUACAGUUGGCCCGCCUGAGGAGGAUUGUGAUAUCACCCCUGUGGUGACUGAAUCCUCAGCUAACUUCAUUGAAAGUUUAGUUAUGGAUGCAAAGGAGAAAGGAGCAACUUUUUGCCAGGAGUAUAGAAGGGAAGGAAACCUCAUUUGGCCAUUACUCUUAGAUCAUGUGCGGCCUGACAUGAGGAUUGCUUGGGAAGAACCUUUUGGGCCUGUGCUUCCAGUGAUUAGGAUUAGCUCUGUUGAGGAGGGCAUUCAUCAUUGCAAUGCUAGCAAUUUUGGGCUUCAGGGUUCCAUCUUCACAAGGGAUAUCAAUAAAGCUAUUAUGAUCAGUGACGCUAUGGAGACUGGCACUGUUCAGAUCAACUCUGCGCCAGCUCGAGGACCUGACCAUUUCCCCUUCCAGGGUUUGAAGGAGAGUGGUAUUGGUUCACAGGGAAUCACAAACAGCAUAAACAUGAUGAUCAAGGUCAAGAGCACCGUCAUUAACCUGCCUUCUCCAUCAUAUAGCUUGGGCUAAAUUGCAAGUAAGAAAAUUAAUCCGGAUUCAGGUAUGAGGUCUAACGAUUUAAUAAAAAUAGCAUUUUAAUAUUCUACUCUGUAUGUUUCCUGUGUACUUUUAGAUGCAUUUUAGUUUUGGCCAGUAAAUAUAAUAAAAGAAUCUUGAUUAUCUUC